AGUGAUUUUCAUUUUUGGGUGAACUCUCCCUUUCAGUUUGAGUUUCACUGGAUUCAUGUUUCAGGUCUUGUUGCUUGACUGAUUGUUUUGCAUAUUAUAGUGGACUGUUCCUUUCACACUCAUGCUAAUAUCAACACGGCUGUGAUCGUGCUUCAUUCUGUGGUUUGAAUCUCAUUUCUACUGUGUUUUGUGUGUGUUUUCCAGAUCUCUACAUCGUCAUUAUGGUGAUUAUGUGUUUGAUUCUGUUGUUAGCCGGAGGUCUGAGUUUGUUGUUGCUCAAGCGGAGAUGUAAAAAGACACAAGGUUCAGCCUCAUCCGAUCAGAGGAACACAGGAGAUGGUGAUGAGGUGUCCUCGUCUGCUUAUUAUGCAAUGAUCCCAGACUCUGGAAGCACAACAUUACACCCGUCUGUUCAGAAGCCCAUCAGUUUAAACACGGUUUAUGACACGGCACAUUUACCCACAAACCCCUCUGGCAGUGAUUUCUACACACUGGCUGAACAGCCACAAAACAUGACAUACACAUCAGAGAGUAUGUCACCUAAACCAACAACAACAAGAGCUUUGUUUCACACCAGCAAACCAGCGACAGCAGAUACUGCCUCCAGCAGACCCGUCACAUCUUCAUCUUCAUCAUCUUCAUCUUCAGUGUUAAUGUUUUUCUCAUCGUCUGCUAAUGCAGUGUCACCAAAACCACAACUGGGAGUGCGGCUGAGAGGCGUCAUUCGUGUCUUGGUUGAAAAUCUGUCCGCUAAAGAAGCCACUCAUACUGUAUGCCAUUAUGAAGAGAUCAUUUGCACAGACAGCUACGGUUUGGGCCUUUCUGUAUUUGAUGUACUCAACACCUAUUCCACCGUCAUAUUUCAGACUACAGACCAUCCAGACAGGACUUCAGACGGACAGGAGACAUGCGACUCUGCAACUGUUAGAAAGACUGUGGCAUUCAUGGACACCAGGUCGAUUAACAGUUAA